AUGCGACUCAUUUUGUUCGCUCUGACAAGGGCGAUCGACAUGGGAGCACGAGUGGUGCUCGAAGAAAGAACUGCGAAGAUCGAAGCAGACGGUGUGGUCCAUAUGGAGGCAUUCAAAUGUGGGGGACUGUGGGAGAUGGGGAAGCAGAAGGCAUUCCUUGCAAGGGGUUCGGUAAAGGGGUACCGGGUGUGCUCCAGGGUGUGCUCCAUUGCAAAGAGGCCAGUAAGAGCGGAAAGCGUGGUGAAAAAGACGGCGAAGGUCGUGGAGAUCGAUCUAGACGAGUCGGACGACGAGAAUGAGGGCGUCGAACGAGAGAGGGGGACUUUUGUGGGGGCGGAAACUAAAAUGAAGCGCGAGGGAGACGCGCCUGCGCUUAGACAAACGACGGCCGCGCCGCGGGCGAGAUGGAAAGGGCAAGGAGGCCCCGAAAACGGCGGUAGAAGCAAGCCCGCCGAUGUGGAAAAGGCAAUGAACAGGCCUGUGGUGCACUAUCCGGACUUUGGAGAUAUCUCGAGAGUGCGACGGCAGCCCGUCGAGUGGUAUCGGCCAAAUGUGGAAGCAGCAACGGAAGCCGUGGGAACACAAGAGCCGGAGCACGGAGUGGAGAAGACGUCGCCAGAGGAGUGCUCAACGAUGGCGACAGUGAAGGCUUUUGGGUGA